AUGACCACAAUAAUCCCCCACUUGGAUUUCGACGUGGCAACGCCCAAAUUAACCGCCGACUUCAAACUGGUUCUUCUUGGAGAGUCGUCGGUGGGGAAAUCGUCGAUUCUGCAGCGUGUUCAAAACGGAACCUUUGACGACACAAAGUCCUCAACCAUCGGUGCGGCUUUUGUGUCCAAGAAAGUCAGCAAGGACGAAGGCUCAAAGCUCGUCAAUCUGCAGAUAUGGGACACUGCCGGCCAGGAACGGUUCCACAAUCUUACCCCAUUGUACUACAGAAACUCAAAUAUGGCAUUUAUUGUAUUUGAUAUGACAAGUAUAGACACUUUCAAGAAAGCAGAAUAUUGGAUAAAUGAGCUUGAGACGUACAAGUCAGACACAAAUUCAGGUCUGAUACUUGUACUUGUGGGUAACAAGGCCGAUUUGGUUUCCGGAGCAUGCGAUUUUGAAGACGAGAUCCGCCAAUUUUUGAAUCUGAAUAAGAACAUUUCCAGAUACUUCACUGUGAGUGCAAAACAAAACACAGGGCUUGUUGAGCUGUUCGGCUAUGUGGUGGAUAGUGUUGACGAGUCGCUGUUUCAUGAAUUUUCCGCAGAGCAGAACGGUCUGGUGGAUCUCAACAUUACAAGAACCUCGACCGGUAACUGUCAAUGUUGA